GGCGGGGCUAUGGUGCCAGGGGAGGAGUCAGCGCGCGAGCUUAGGGCGGUUCUUUUGACUCCGCCGUUCCGUAGACUUGUCAGUCAGAACGAGCUUCCGGGCCCAGGGUUGAACGGGCCAAGUUCCAGGAACCGUAGAGGUGGCUUCUGCCGGGAAAGGAGGACAGGAUGCUCUGGUCCUUUUCAAGCUACUCAGCUAUGGGAUGGUAUUAUUCACUCUCUUCAGGCCCAAGUGGAAAUAAAAAGAAGGAGGCAUCAUUUACCAACAUACAAAGACUGUUUCACUGGUUCUGAUGCUGUCGAUGUGGUCUUAAGUCAUCUUAUGCAAAACACGUGCCUAAGUAGCAAUGACAUCUCUCGUCUUAAAGGGGUUCAUCUUUGCCAAGUUCUAAUGAAUCACAAAGUAUUUGAACCAGUAGGAAUGAAGAAGCUUUUCAAAAAAGAAAAGGAAUUGGAAUUUGAAGAUUCCAACAUUAGUCUCUACAGGUUUCUAGGCAAUAAAUCAUCUUACAAUUGUUGCAAAAGACAAAAGGAUGCUGAGAAUGAGUUCAAUGAAACCUUGAGACCAGGAUAUGAAAUGAUUUCAAAUCCUCUAGCACAGGAGAUUGGUGAGGAAAGAAUUGAGGAAUUUAUUCAUACAAUAAAUGGGAAUCCAGCUUUAUGUCCAAAUAUCACAGUUCAGAAACCUUUUCUCCGGCUUUCAAAAGAAGAUGUUUGGAAAGAACAAACAUUAUUAUGUCUUCUUCAAUUGAUUCACCUUCCAUUCUUGGACAAUAUUUUGGAGCCUCCAGUUAAAACACAAAAUCUUCAAUUAAACAAAGAGGAAGAUCUUGUUAUUACUAACACUUGCCUAGACAAAGAACUUAUUCCAAGCUUAUGUCUACCUGAGAUCGAUAACUGGCUUAAUGCAGCAAUUGAAUGCUUGGAGUAUUUCCCUGACCAGUUAAUAGUUACAGUUAGUCAGCAGUUAAUGCAAAACAGAAAUGAAGAGACAAGAUUGAACAGUCGGAAGAAGAUACUCUUUGAUGUCAUAGCAAAAUACUAUGCUCAGAGAGAUUGCCUAUUAACUGAUGAGUAUUUUGUUAUUCAUUCAGGAAUUAUUGAACUUUUAGAUAAAACAGGAUAAAAUGAGAAAAGAGCAGAAGCACUUGAAGCAAUACAACUAUAUCUAAGAUUGCUGUUGCUGAACAUUAGAGAAAAAUUAUGAUGGCUACUUAUUUUUAUGGCAAUGGCAUCAGAGCCCAAUGCCUACAAGGUGCAAAAACAGUAUGAUAAUAAAACAGUGGUCCCGAAAACUCUUGCCAAAUCAGUUUUGCAAGCCAAAUCAUUAUUAAAAGUGCGGGCAGAACAACUGGUCUGGUUUCUACUGGAGUACCACUCUGAGCUCUUCAAGACACCAGUUACUUUAUUGGAUCUGGUUAGUAAGAAACUUAAGAAGCUUCUACAUAGAGAAGAUGCAGAUGCCAUAUCAGGUAUGGCUGAAAAUAAUAGCUACACAUCUACAGCUUAGGAUACUGGAGAUUUAAUGAGAAAAAGUACCAAAAGGUUGACACAUGGCUUUACAUUUUGCCAACCCUUGACAUACAAGGAGUUUGAAAAGCAGAAGGGAAGGACAAUUCAGUAUCUACACCAGUUGGCUCUUGAGAUUAAUAGUAACCCCAGCAUUUCUCUGAAACGAAAAAAGAAAAUAAUUAAGGAAUUUCAAAAACACCAUCCAGAAGCUUUGAAUUAACAUUUCUGAUACAAGAAACUACAAUUUGUAAAUAUAAACAAUUCUCUGGUGGUUUUCUCAAAUUGCCAUACUUACACUUCAGAGAAAGCAUAAUCUCAAAGGAUUUUAAGUGUUUUAUUUUUUAUUUUUAUUUUGUAGAGACAGGGGUCCUAUUAUGUUGCCCAGGCUGGUCUCAAACUCCUGGCCUCAAGUCAUCCUCCUGCCUUGGCCUCUUAAAGUGCUGGGAAUAUAGGCAUGAGUCACUGUACUUGGCCAUUAUUUUAUUUUUAUAAAAUAUUACUUUUAAUUUAAUCAUGCUUAAAAUAUGUUAAGGAAGUUUUUAACUUUAAGAAGGAAUACAAGUUAGCCUUCAUGUUUGCUGAUUCACUUAAUUAUGCUGCUAAAAUCACUUAAUAAAUGUGCUGCUAUUAUUA